UCUAGUUGUAUUGGAACUUCUCAUACUGGAAUUAGUACAGAGCAGCAGUUGUACUUGCAGCGAUCCGAAAAAAAAAUGACGGUCAUUUCUGCAGCUUUAGCUGCGACCGGUCUCUUUGCACUCGGUGGAUUCAUUUCAACGCAACUCGCCCAAAGUUCUCCCUCGGUUGAUGACGUGACCCCAAGAAGGAGAAUCUUGUCAACUACCAACACGAACACCACGUCAGUAGAACAAGAGUCAACAUCCUCGGAAGCUACAACGCGAAACACGACGAACGGCAGCACGACAGAAGUAGUUGCAACUGAACAAGAUCAUGAACCUCCUCCUGCCGAUGAAUUAUCCGCCAUCGUCACAGCAAGGAACGAACAAGUCGAUAUCCAAGGUCACAAUUGGCACGAUGAACUCCUCGCUCCUGGCUUCUUCCGUACACAUGCACUUAGUGGCUCUCUUUCCCUGUACGCGGCGUGGCGCAGUCCAGACAUCACUGCGGACGUUGCUCCUAUCGCUUUUCUGCCACCAAGCACCUGUGUCGAAGUGAUCAAGGUACAGAAGAUGCACACAAGUGGGAGCUUCGUAUGGAUGGGACAACUUCUCAAGAAUAGAGCAGGUGGUCCCCAUCUAUUUCAUCGCGAUGGCUGGAUUGUUCUCGCAAAGCAAGGCUGGUGGCAGCAUCAUCCUGCGGAACAGUCGGGAUUGUCGGUCGCGGCGAACGUAGAGGACCAAAAUGGUGGGAAGGUUGGCAAGAAGGACGUAACAGAUGAGGUUGGUGGGAAUCAGACGCGAAAUACCACAACUAGCCCUGAAGAACAAGAUGCGAUUACGACUGGUGCAAGUUCUUCACAGUCUCGCCGGAUGAAAGAAGAGUUUAUCUUCAAGUUGGAACGAUGUAGCGCCGAAGAAGAGAAUGGAGAGGUAGAGGAAGAGCGAGAAGAAGACGAAGAUGGACGCUCAGAAGUAGAGGAAAGCGUUGCAAUUGCGGCCAAUACAUCUUCUACAAGCAAUGAAACAUCUUCAUUUUCAACUAAUGGAACAUCCAGCAACAUUGAGGUUGGCUUUGAGUUUGACAGCGUCGUAAUCGUAAAUAGUACUACAACUAACGAUACAAAAGCAGACUCCUCGUUCACAACAAACACGACCGAGGGCGCAAAUGCAACAUCCUCUUUCAACGACUUAAACCAAACAAACAUCACAGAUGACCUAGCAAUAAACCUAUCCAACAUCCCCUUACCGGAGUGUUGCUGUACUAAGAAAAGCAUGAAGCCGGUUGUUGUGCAAGGAAAUCCGAGUGGGGGAGCGUCGCUGCUUACAAGUGGACGACGACCUCAAGGCCUCGCAGACAUUCUAGUAUGUUUGACACCUGAACAAAUAAUGAGGCGCAUGAAAAACAGCAUUGGCGGACAAGGGUCGGCGACAAGUAACAAUACCACAUCUUCUAAAGAUCAGGAGGACACAGGAGAUGAAAGAAGCAAAAUUAGCGAUGAAAUGAAGAUGCUUUUAGUGUCGACUUGUGUGCCUCCUGAUGUGUUCCUGAAAGCAAAAAGUGACGCAACCGCACAGGCAUAUGCUCCACCCCUCAAGGUUGUAAACCUUUGUUGAAUAAAAAAAUAAGCACCCGGCCCAAAAAAAAUACACAUACUUGCAAGGCUUUCACCUUCUUGCCUUUCAUACACACAUCCAAUGACUUACAUCACUGACACUGACUUCGAAAGUUCUUCA